CUCACUUAUGAGCCUAUCUAUUCCACAGACAAUCUAGAUUUAGUCGUCAAGAUGCCCUCCUACGCUGGCUCCUGCACCUGUCGCAGAAUCCAGUAUGACCUGAACCUGCCCUCUCCCGACGACGCCAGGACUUCGUUAUGCCACUGCAGUAAUUGCAAGAAAGCAUUUGGUACAAACUACGGCUUGACGGCCAAAAUCCCAAAGGAUGCUCUGCAAAUCACAGCGGGGCGGACGAAGGAGUUCGCUCAGGAUAACGGCUCUGGGUCGGUUGUGCAUCGGGAGUUCUGUGAUAACUGUGGUAGCUUUAUUUGCGAGUAUGGGGAUGCUGUAAAGGACCAAUUCCGGUAUCUGGUUGUUGGAUCCCUCGACGAUCCGGAAGCUCUCCCGCCCAAGGGAGAGUUCUUCUGUCGUGAUCGGGCUAGUUGGAUGCCAGAGGUACCUAAUGUAUUCCAUAAGAAACAGAUCAGGGAGUGAUGUCGCAGUGGAGGCGCUGUUAGCGUAGCCUCUGAAUGUAUACAAGUAUUGGUAGUCAACAUGAGAAAAGGUCUUUGCUGUACCGGUACUCCGCUACGGUCAUUAUUGGG